AUGUACAGCUGCAGAUCUUGCCUGGAUGGAGUGGGAUGCUCACCUUUACAUGAUAAAAUCUAUCUCAACCUAACAGAUCCCAGCCUGACCAAACCUUCCAUCCAGAUUUUAAAUCCAAAAGAUCAUCCAUACUUCUUCGUAAGGUGCAACGGGAAAAAACCUAGACUGACAUUUGCUCUUAUGAACUCAAGGAAGCAGAUACAGUACAAGGCUGCAGAGCCUUGGGAAAAGGAAGUGGAUUUUUCUCUCCACUCGGCAAGGUUGAAAGAGGCAGGAAGUUAUACCUGCCAGUACCACCUUGAAAGCAACCCCUUUGUCUGGUCAGUGCCAAGUGACCCGUUGGUGUUGCCUUUGAGAGAUCCUGAGAUGAUGAAUCCCACCAUGGAGACGAUGCCUGGAGGGUCCGGUGGUUCAGAUAUUAUUAAAUUAUACAUAUGGGUACGCAUGGCUGUGAGCUUUUUCCUGCUUGUCUUGGCACUACUGGUCGCAGUAUGGUACAAAAGAAGAAAAAAGCAGUAUAAAAAAGCUUCUACAUAA